AUGGCCAAGUGGGGACAGGGAGACCCGCGCUGGAUUGUGGAGCAGAGGGCGGACGCCACCAACGUCAACAACUGGCAUUGGACGGAGAGAGACGCCACAGCCUGGUCUAAUGAUAAAUUAAAGGAGCUGUUCAUGGCCGUGUCUGUGACGGGCGAGGAGGGUACAUGUGAGGUGACGGAGGUCAGUAAGAUGGAUGGCGAAGCCUCCAUCAAUAACCGCAAAGGGAAACUCAUCUUCUUCUAUGAGUGGGACGUCAAACUGAGCUGGCAAGGACAAUCACAGUCUGGAGUGAAAUAUAAAGGACAUGUGGAAAUGCCGAACCUGUCGGAUGAGAUGACCCCAGCGAGGUGGAGGAUCAGAGUCUCUCUUGCUAAAGAUGAACCGGACACCAACCUGCUCAGUCUGAUGAGGAAGGACGGCGUGCAGAGGCUGCGGGAGGUUGUCGCCAAGUACAUCUCUACUCUGAAGACGGAGUUCACACAAGGAAUGAUCCUGCCUGUCACCAAUGGCGUCUCGCACGAGGCUGUCGAUGAUAUCAAGCAGAAAGUGCCUCCACCAGAGACACGGAACGCCAAACCAGCAACCUGUCAGAACACAGGAGUGAAGAUUCCCACAUGUAAAAUCUCCAUGAAGGAGACCUUCCUGACCUCCCCGGAGGAGCUGUAUAGGGUGCUCACCACCCAGGAGCUGGUUCAGGGCUUCACGCACGCACCAGCGACCCUCGAAGCCGAAAAGGGUGGAAAAUUUCAAUUACUGGGAGGAAACGUCAGCGGGGAGUUUGUUGAAUUGGACUCAGAGAAGAGAAUCGUUAUGUCUUGGAGGUUCAAGUCCUGGCCGGCAGGACAUCACGCCACCAUCUCCCUAUCACUGUCCGACAAAGGUGGAGAGACGGAGUUGCAGAUGGAGGCACGGGGUGUCCCGCAGAGCGAGGAGCAGCACACGAAGGACGGAUGGAAACGGUAUUACUUCGAUGGCAUCAAACAGACCUUCGGCUAUGGGGCGAUGCUGUUAUAA